CAUUUUAAUUUCAGGCUCAAGCUAAGCAUUGUAUGGAUAUUUUCAGCAUAGGAGGCAAGGAAAUAUAUCUCCAUUGCUUGGGGAACUCAGUUAACCGUUGCUUAAACUUAGCAUUACAUAUAAUAAAGAAAUCAGGCCAGGGAUUAUCAUACUCAAUCCAUACUUCAACUAUUCAUUUUAUUGAUGAAUCACACCCAUUUCCCGAAGACGGAGACAUGGCAUUAAAACAACGGAGCAAUUCCGCAGUGCAUAUUAAACUUUCAAAGCAUAUGGCUCAAUGAGGUUUAGACUUCUUGACCAUGUUUAAAUUGUAAGAAAUUGUUCAUUGGUUUGGACUUACAGAAUUCGAAAUAUUAAUAAACCUGUGUGGAAUGCUAACUAGACCGUUCGUUAUUUCAGCUUUUU